GUUCUUAUGCGACUUGAAGCAGGGUGUAACAAAUAAAGCUCAUCCAGAAGGAUCAAUUGCAGAAGCCUACAUUGCAAAAGAGUCUUUAACUUUUUGCUCCAUGUAUUUGAAGGGAAUUGAGACUAGAUUUAAUCGAGAUGACAGAAAUUGUGAUAUAACUACUGAUGAUAGUCUUUCAAUCUUCUCUGAAAAAUGUCGCCACUUUGGAGCGACAAAACUUGUUGAAUUAUCAGAAGAAGAAUAUAACACGCUGCAGUGGUUCGUCUUUCAGAAUUGUGAAGAGGUUCAACCUUUUUUGGAGAAGCACAAGCAGGAUCUAACAUUGGUUGGAUGUGAAAACAUAAAUCAAGAACAUAAAGAGCAAUUUCCUGCAUGGUUCAAACACCAU